UGAAAUUUUUAAGCAAUUCGGGUGACCAAACUUGCAAUUAAGCCAUUCUCAGGGGAAUAUCAUAGACAAUGAUGAGAAAUGAAACCCAUCAUUCGAUCCAAAAGAAAGCCCAUAAAAUUGAAAGCCCAAAUGCGUCACAUGAUUAACAUUCGUCCAAAGCUUGGGUUAGUUUUGUUCCGAGGCUUCAGGCCCAAUAAUUACGGCCCAGGAUUGCAUCCACUUAACCAUAUCCGGUUCCACUAAAUGAAAGUAAGAAAUAAGUCCAAGUGUAUCGCAAAUCGCCGGUUGGCUCCUUUUCUCUCCAUUUCGCCAACGAGGAAUCAGACAAAGAUGGCGAUCCUUGUGUUGGCAGUUUCUUGUUCGAACCGAUGCUUACAGCAGCUUUGUGAUACCUCCCCACUAGAUGCCAUGGCGGAUUCUACAACCAUUUCCAUGGCGUUCUCUUCUUUUUCUUCGACUCUUCCUCCUCGACUCCGCUGCCCCGCUGUCUCGUCCUUCUCAGCUCUGCUUUUGCCGCCUCCUCUCCUCCUCCCACAUUCAGCUCCGAUUCCGACAAAAUGAAGCCCCCCGCCGAUAAAUCAAUUCCUCCGGGACCGUAUGUCCGGACUCGAGAAGCUCCGGUGUUUCUCGGACUUCGGAAAGGUAACGACGCGCUGACGAGCGCUAGGGCUCGGUCUCCGACCCCGAACUCCGAGAGUGGAAGCCGUAGUGGAAGCAGCUCCGGAAGUCCGCCGGCGAAUUCUCCUCGAUUUUCAUCGGAUCUUGCUAACCGAGUUCCGAUUCCAAGGGGUGGGAAAUUGGUUGCGGUGAGAAGCUCGACGGAGGAGGCUUCGGCCGCCGCUGCGGCGGAGGAUAUUGUUUUCGACAUCAAAACGGUUCGACGCUCCUCGUCGCGGAAGCUAUCAUCUGGUAGUAAGGAAACCGCUUCGUUACUCCCACGGUCUCGCUCUUACAUCGAUUCUAGCACCAGAAGCGAUCCAGGCAUUCAGCCCAAGCUCCCGAGCAAGGAAAACGCUUCGUCUCGACUCUCCAGGUCGGCUUCCUACAAUCCGAGCGUCGAUUCAAGCGGUACAGAUGAUUCAGGUAGUGAAUCCAAGCGCCGUCCAAGCAAGGAAACCGCUUCUGCCGCCGGCAUCCCAAGGCCGCGUUCGUCCAAAUUGAGUGCCGAUGCGAGCAGCACAGACGACUCAGGGAAUGAAUCCAAGCGCCGGAGUAAGGAAACCACUUCCCCCGGACUCCCUAGGUCUCGUUCUCACAGCGUGAGCAGCGAGUUAAGAGGCAGCAGAAAUGAUUCAGGGAGUGAAUCUUCUUCGUCUGGAGUCCGAAGGUCUCGCUCGUACAAUUCGCCUGGCUGUUCAAGUGGCACCAACGAUUCACAGAAUGAAUCUAAGCCAUCUGCGGUGGAAGCAUCACGCGAUAAUCCUGGAAGAUCCUUUCAUCUCAGCGAAAGCAAGCCAAUCCCAUCAAAGCUUCCACUCCCUCUGUCAGCAGCAUCAUUCUACAAAGGCUUUUCCCCGCAGCUGUGCCAAGUAGUGGAGUCGUGUGAAAGUAUUAAGAGGGUGAAUCAGUACUUGAAAUUUAGGAAGGAUGAUGUUCGAGGUGGUGUGCCUGGGAAGUUCUUGCAGGCCGUAAUUGGCCAAGACAUGCCUGGUAUUGGAUCGAUUGCUUCAACUAUUCUGUAUGCCUUCUACUUGCACGAAACACUGGGGAAUGACCAAUUAUUUACUGUGCCUGUCAUCAAUAUGAAGAGGGCUGACUUAGCAUCUCACCCUGAAAUAAGCUGGUUGCUAGAUUCAUGCCAACUUGACGAGUCAUCAUUGAUUUUUGUGGAUGAGAUUGACCUGCAUUACUAUGAUCUUUUCGGGAGUCUUAAGGUUGUUCUGAUCGGCGGACACAAACUCGCUACAAAGCAAGAGGCACUAAAGGGAGCUGUGGUUGAAGUAUUUCAUUGCAGAAAGGCCGAGUCUUUGUACCCCGGGGUUCAGCUUGUAACUGGGUCUGAGAAUGACUCCUGCUGUACUGUGAUCGCGGAGAAGUUUGUUCUAUGGUCCCCAGAGACUUUAGCUGGGCUGGGGUUUAGCAGGCUUUUGCUAGCAGGAAUCCUGUUAGAUACUGGAAAUCUUUCCAAAGCACAAUGUAGCUCCAAAGACAAAUAUAUGGCCACCUUGUUGAUCAGUGGUGCUGGCCACUACGGGUUCAAUGGUCUUUACCAGAUAUUGAGACAGCAGAAGCACGAUGUGUCUCAUAAUCUGAAAGCAUUUGAAGUGCUGCAGAAGGAUUUCAAGAAGUGGGCUAGAGCUGCUAAAUCGGAUUCCAGCAGUUCAAAAUCAAUAGCUUCAAAUUUUGGGAUGAGUUCUACGGGCAUGACAAUCAAGCAACUUCUAACUCGUGAGGAUUUUUCAAUUGAAGCAAUCAAACACUUUCUAGAGUUCGAGAAACUUCGACUGCUAUUGGUUGUGUCUGGCUAUUACGAUUCACAAAAGAACUUCAAGAGGGAGAUACUGAUUGUUGCUGAGUCCGCGGAUGCAACCAAAAGUCUCUUGAAGUUCUUUGAUGCCAACGCUUCUGAACUGCCACUCAAACCUCUUCACUCGCUAGGGCUAAAGGAUGAGAUGAGGGCACUUGAAAUCGAAAAAAUCAUAUCUAGAAAGACCAUCGAGCAUCUGUUGGAUGAAUUUCUCGGGCCAUCAUAUUCAAGAUGUCAGUAAUAAUCUCUUGGCUGGUAAAUGGCAUUGUGAAGAGUUGAGGAGUACAGUUUGUAUUUGAAAAUUAUUGAUGGAUUUAUGAUGACUGACAUGGUGUAAUGAUUCUCGUCUCGACGCUGUUUUUUUCUCUCGAGUCGAGUAUCGUCUACUCACUCUUCUACUUUCUUCCGUUUGGUUUGCUCCUUUUCUUCUUUCUUCUGUAUGUGUGUGCUGCCCAUUUCCUCGCCCUUGCGAAUUUAUUAGGCACUGAAUGUCAAUGUUCUUGUUACAUAGAGUUUGCAAUGAAGGGGUUGAACCACUGUGUGGUGUUUGCUUAGACGUUUCUUACAGAACUUACAUAUGUUGAAAGUUACAUGAAGUUCAUCGUGUACUACUUGUAAACCGAACUAGGUUUUCUGUCGACCUAACUUAAUUGGUAAAUGUUACACGCGAAACCAAAUAUCCACCGCCAGUGUCGAAUUUGUUUUCGGGGAUGUUGAUUUGAUUGUUUUGCAGUGAAAACUUUUGCGGUGCCGUUUGAUCAUAUGCACCACUGGCUGCUGAAAUCAAGACGAUCGUCAAAUAUCCACUGGGGGUGUUGAUUUGAUCGAUGCAUCUCUGACUUUUGAAAACCAAAACGAUUGUUACUCAGUUCACACCUCUCCAAACAAUGUUCGAACGAGAGUGUUUGAGAUUUUUGGUGGAAUUUACGCUACAACUACUCCUAUGGAGAGCUCUGCGACUACUCUACGACUACAACUAUGGAGAUCCUUCUUAGAAGGAGAGCUCUGCGAAGGAGUUACAGAUAAAAUGAAGUUUUGACAAAGUUGUUUCUGUGUUGAUUUCUUUGUUGUCCUCACUCUCUCUUCUUGCUCUGGUGCUUUUAUCAAAAUCACUUCCGUAGUCUUCACGCUGUGAAACUGCUUCGCCUUUGUCUCCCACGUGCUCCAUCCUUCUUCACGAAGUUGAAGUCUUCAACUGCUUCGAAUAUGUUCUCCAAUCUUCCUUGCGUAAAAGUCACGUGCUCACACAUCAACUUUGUAGCACGGUUCGAAUCACGACACCGCCUUUGAUUAAACAACAUUGUUGUUUCCCCCCUUGCCACCGCAUACUCGCGGCGAGGUUGUUGAUCUCUCGACGUCGUUGACUACACAACACCGUUGAAACUUGCAGAACUGUUGAUCUCGCAAUGUCAUUCUUACCUAAACGACAUCGCUUCAUCGCAACGUCGUCCAAAUAUUCAUUACUAUCAUUUUUUAUUCUCCUUCCACGACACGGUUGGCCUUGUCGAAUUCACAACCACGUACCGAGACUCAACGUGGCUUUUCAUUAAAUAGUGUUGUUUUCUAUUCUACGACAUUCUUCGAUUUCGCGUGAAGCUUGCAACUUCACGACGAUAUUGAAUUGCUCGACCCUCCAACCCAGUCGUCAAUUUCACCAAACUCGUGACAUUAUUUUGGACAAAACAACGUCGCUUUCCUAGUCCACGAUAUGUUUAAACUCUUGCGACAUUGUUUUCACUAAACACUAUCGUGCUUUUAAUCUUGCUACACUUUCAAUAAGUGUCAUAAAUCCAUUUCUUAAAUAAUUAUUAAUUUGGCUUAAAAUUCACCAAAUUGGCGAGACACAUACUUGGCCAAGUUUGGAUAACUAGACACCCAUCCUGCCAACAUAGCAGCUAGCAACACUGUUUUGGCCCACUUAUACUCUCCAUACAUCAGCGUUGUGGCCAUGCUUUGUUAGAAUGAAAAGAGUAGCUUUGA